AAUAAUUCAGAGCCUGUAGUUUUCUUUGUUCCGAUCACGGAAAAAGUGCCCGAAGCAACAUCCCAGCUGAAGAUCUUCCACGUUUACACAUCCGAACUCCUCCUACAGGAGCCCACAACUGACUGCGCACAAGCCUCACUCUCAGUCUACAUUUUCCUUAAAAUGGUACGGAGGGUGAUUUUAAGUUUACUGCUGGCGACGUGGUUCUCCGUGGACUGUAACCCCGGGCCUAUCGAUGAUAUUGCAGUUGAUCGACACUUCAUCCCUAAGAACUGCAUCAGAGAAGCGAAAUCAGGAGAUUUCGUGCGUUAUCACUAUAACGGCACUUUUACUGACGGAAAACUGUUUGACUCUAGCUAUGAUAGGGGGGCUGCAUUCUUUGGACAAGUGGGCCAAAAGUGGCAGAUUGUUGGUGUGGACAAAGGCAUUCUGGGUAUGUGUGUGAAUGAGCGUAGGAGGAUCACCGUACCCCCCCACUUGGCUUACGGUAGCCAAGGAGCAGGUGAUAAAGUGCCACCAGACACAACAUUAGUGUUUGAUCUGGUUCUGCUGGACAUCUUUAACAGAGCAGACCACGUUCAGACCAAAGUCAUCAUUACACCUAAAGAAUGCAAGCGCUCAGUCAUGAGGACUGACUUUGUCCGCUUUCACUUCAAUGGGACAUUGCUGGAUGGCACUGUGUUUGACUCCAGCUACAAGCGUUCCCAGACGCAGGAUGCAGUGGUUGGGGAAGGUUGGCUCAUAAAAGGCUUGGAUGAAGGGUUGCUGGGCAUGUGUGUGGGAGAAAUACGACACUUCGUCAUCCCCCCGUUUUUGGCAUUUGGAGAAAAAGGAUUUGGCACAGAAAUCCCUCCUCAUGCAUCAUUAGUGUAUCACAUUCUCCUGGAAGACCUCCACAACCCUAAAGAUGACAUCAUUGUGGAGGUCAUGGAAGCGCCUGAACCAUGUACACGCAAGACUGUUGCGGGCGAUUACAUUCGCUACCACUACAAUGCUUCCUUUCUCAAUGGCAUCACAUUUGACUCCAGCUAUCAGUAUAAUAAUACGUACAACACAUACAUUGGAAUGGGCUACGUGAUCGCUGGAAUGGAUAAAGGCUUGCAGGGUGUGUGUACAGGAGAGAGGAGAAGAAUCAUCUUGCCGCCUCAUCUUGCAUAUGGCCAGCAGGGGGCAGGUAAGGACAUUCCAGGUUCAGCCGUGUUGGUCUUUGACAUCCAUGUGAUAGACUUCCAUGGCGUCAAAGAUCCAGUGCAGGUGGAUAUCACACGUAAACCUGAGGUGUGUAAUGAAACCAGUGAGGUGAAUGAUUUCAUUCAGUACCACUACAACUGCUCGCUGCUGGACGGCACGCUGCUCUUUACAUCGAGGGACUAUGAGACCCCACAGGAUGUGGUGCUUGGAGGGGGUAAAAUAAUUGACGGCCUAGACGAGGCUCUUAGGAAUAUGUGUGUAGGAGAGAGACGGACGGUCAUAGUGCCACCACACCUUGGACAUGGAGAGAAAGGAGCUGGCAUUGUCCCAGGGAGUGCAGUGCUGCGCUUCGAACUGGAGUUGGUGUCUCUGCAGAAGGGGCUUCCAGAAGGCUACCUGUUCAUUUGGCUCGAAGAGAGUCCGGUUGAGCUGUUUAAGGAACUAGACAUCAACCAGGACCAACAGGUCCCUUUAGAAGAGUUUUCCCAGUUCAUCAAACAGCAGGUAUCAGAAGGGAAAGGUCGUCUUAAACCAGCUCAGGAUCCAGAGACUGUCAUCAUGGACAUGUUCAAGAACCAGGAUAGGAACUCUGAUGGUCUGAUCACUCAGGAUGAGCUAAAACUAAAAGUGGAUGAGGAUGCAGAGAAAACACACCAUGAAGAACUGUGAAACUCUCAUGGAUAUUCACAAAAGCAUGAGAACAAAGCAACAGACUCAUAAUCCUGAGGCUGAAAACUAGACCAACGUGCUUUCCAGUAUUAAAAGUUUGUACAUUUGAUGGUCACAUAUUUUUAUAUUCCUAAACAUGUUGGAUCUCAAAAAUGCAUUUGUGCCACCUAAUAAAAUGUUUCAAAAGUAUAAAAAAACAUUUUAUUUUGAAAUGAAAUAUUAUGACAACUCUUACAAAAAAGAUAUGUGUUCAAGUGUGCUAUUAGUUUACUUCUUUAGACUUCAAAUAAGAGAAAAUACUUUGUGUAUCAUUAGAAAAUGAAAGGUAGGUUUGAUCAGGGUUAGAUUUGAGGUACCCUGCUUUAGAAAUAAUUGUAAUAUGCUAAUUAUACUAGUAUACCAUUAAGUCAGGGUUGGCCAAGGUCCUGGAGAGCCACAGUCCUGCAAAGUUUUGCUCCAACCUUGCAACGUUCUAGUAACCCUUAGACCUUGAUUAGCUUGUUCAGGUGUGUUUGAUUUGGGUUGGAGUGAAACUCUGGACUCAGGCUCUUCCAGGACAGACGUUGGGUACCCCUGUAUUUAGUACAAAAAUAGUAAACUAAAAGUAUAAUGUUAAGUUCACUUAAAAACCAAGUGUACUUACAUUAUAAAAACUAAAAUGUUUUCCUGUAGUAUAGAUCACUAUUUCCUGUAGUAUAGAUGUAAUAUAGUUGCAAUACCAAUGAAAAACUCAAAAUGUACUACUCUUACUGUUAAAGGACACUUUUACAAACAGGAGCAAGCAAAAAGCAGCAAAUUUAUUCCCAAUAAGUGCUGAAAUAAGUUAAAAUUUACUAUAAAUAUUCAUUUUAGAACACUUGCUACAAAAUUAUAAUUGGAAAAUAUACUUGAACCCAAUCUGCUAAUGAAGAAGUAUACUUUUAUUUUAUAAGUAUAAUCUUCAUUUAUGAAUUAUUUGUUCAUUUGUCCUUUCAUAAUACUGUCCUGUGAGUAUUUUUAGGGUGAAUGUAGAUGUUUUGAAAUAACUUCAGUUUUUACAACUUUCUGGAUGUAGCGGUGAUUAAUGUAUGCUAUUUUUGCCUUCUUUUCUUUCCAUUGGUUCCUAUUGAACUUUAUGUACAUACUUGUAUAUGCGUCCACAAGUCAUCAAAACUAUACACUUGAAAUAGCAAAAGGUUUUCUCAUUAAUAAUUUCUUUAUUGUAAUAGGACCAUAUUUCCUAUAACUUGCUCAAACCAUGCACAGUAACAGAUCUCAUGUCAAUUUGCACACACUGUCAAGCAUAUCAAUUGGGGAAUAAUCAUUCUAUGUGAAAAUGCAUUAAUCGAUCUAAAAUUAACACUGUAAUCCACAGUUAUACUGCAUCAAAAAAUUUCGGCAAACAUAAAAGUAACGUCUCUUCAGGAAGGGUAAGAACUAAUGUUCUUGGACAAUAUCAGAUUUUUUAUAUAUAUUUAUUGCAAAUCACGGAGAUCCACAACAUGUGCAUACUUUAUAACACGUGCAAAGAACUAUAUUCGCCCUUCAAAGACUUUAAAACAACGAGCCAGCCUUAACAUCCCAGCCAUGAUACUCUUGAUGUCUAGACACUUUCACAGUCAAUACAUACAUAUACAUUUUCUCUGUGCAAGAAGGAAAGAAACAGAUAAAGAUCUUUAACACUAUUAAACCACAUCUCAACAUGAGAGACACAAAACUUACAUUUCCCAUUGAAUACAAUAUCUAAAAUCCUAUGGUCUCCAAUAUGCAGGAAAAUGUUUGAAAAAGGCUUAAUAAUGUAUGUUCACUGUAUGUUUUAUGAUGUUUUUACCUGUAUGAAAUGAAUAUUAAAAUAUGAAAGUCAAUACGAGGGCUAUA